CAAGCACCGCGUCUCCCUCAUGACCACUCCGAGGACGGGCACGCACUCCCCGCCGAUGCUGACCGACCUGACGCUGUCGCAGAUCCCAGAUCUCUCCAGAGCGUCCUCCGAGGACAACUUGCUCGCAGACGACUCCGACUUUGACCUGCUCCGGCGCGACUACGAGCAGGGUCUCGUCGCCAGCUUUGCAUCAGAGCAACCCAGUCCACGGCCCAGCACCCGUGGCAUAUUCAAGGCCAAGACCAACAGGUCGUCCCUCCUACGACCCCCAUCCACAAUCUCCACGAACUCGCCAUCGAAGAAUACGCGUGCGGUUCAUAAGACGACGCGCCAGUUUGCAGAACAUCAACCUGACCGCAACACUGAGAACGUGCUCUCGCACGACAUACUACGACGUGUACGUGCUAACAAGAGCGGGCGGUCCGCCAUCGAGGCCACCGACGUUCCCUGCGCAUAUACGCACCCAGUGCACUCUAAACUCGAUGCUCAGAUCCAAUCAACCAAACCACCUUCGACGCGCCAGACUCAGUCCCAGAUUCCACGCAUUGCAGACAAGGAUUAUGAGAGCCAGAGUGGUGACGGAAGUCGUGCGCGGCUCCCCAGAAGGAACGCCCCAGCUCCCGAAGUUGUCAGCCUUCCUACGGCAGGACCUGUCGAUGAGAACCUACCCGUACAUAGAGUCAAUACUCCAACUCCAGAAGCCACCAACCUGGCUACGGCAGGACUACACGGGGCAGAUGUCCCUCCCAUACCGGCACCUACGCAUAUACCCACUCAACCUUAUCCCGAUACAUCUUCGCCGUCUUUCCCACCGCAACAGCUUCCUAAAGGCCCGUCCGACAACAUGGAGGAUGACGAACAGGAGGAACUUGAAGUGGCUGACAUCACGAUGUCCAUCGCAGAUUCAGACUCGGAAUCAACCACUUCCAAGUCACCUAAUAGCACAGAUGUGAACUCGGACUCAAUACCAACACGGUCCCUCGAACAAGAGCGCGUCCAAACCGUAUUUUCACCUAUGCGGCGUGGUACGAAGCGGAGUACCGAUGGGAAUCAGGAGGCUGCAAACGAGGGGAAUAGGGAAGAAGACGGCGAGGAUGGACAGACGAAUUUGCGCAUGGAUGUCCAGUUGAGUGCCGAGAAGGGUGGUACUGGUGGUGAAGACGGGCCUACAUGCAUGGCCGAGCACGAAACUAAAAGGAGCAAAAAGGUUCACCCGCAGAAGAAAGUCAGAGUAUCAGAGUCUACCUCGGCGAAAACUCUCCCUGCAAAGCGCACAAAGUACGUUCCUAGAUCUGCUACUGCAUGUAUCUCAAGCACCGCGACGUCAAGCUUAAAGAUGACAACGACGGCGAAGGCUGGAGCAGGUGGAGGUAAGACAAUCGGAGCCCCUCAUCUCACCCAAUUGCGCGAAGCGCAUAGACGGCUUGGGAUCGCAAAAAGUGAGCGUCCCAUCGCGCCGAGCGGUUCUGGGUUCAGUAGCAGGAGAAGUGGAACUAGUGCUGCCGGUGGAAGAAUUGGGGUGCGCCCAUCGUCGAGAUCUGUAUCUGCUUCACUUGGUCGGAGACACACGAAGCCGGUCAUAGAGGUACCACUACCUUCGAGGCCUGGACCGUCCGUGCUUCCCAAGGAGCGCGAAAAGGAACCUUGGGUCGACAUGUGGACCACGGAUGCAACCGAUUCCAAGACAAAUUCCGGGACAGAGACGAGGACGGGUGGCGCAAGACUAGCUGCGGCGGGAGGGCACCUGACCAAGCCCGUACCAUUCACGUUCCGCGUCGAUGCACGGGUGCGCAGAGUCGUGACCGACCCGUGCGUUUGCGGGCCUGGUCUGAACGGCGGUAUUGACGGUGAAAAGGACAAGAGUAAGAAGAGAGGGGAUGACGGACUCAAGAAACAGAUGUUAUUCGAGUCGGAUCACGGAGAAUCGCGGUUGCGCCGUCCUGCACCGUCGAGUAGCGUUCCCCCGAAACCUGCGACAAUGACGAUGAUCUCUACCAACACUGCGACCUCUACGGCUUCAUCCACGACAUCAAUGUCAUCGACAACCACCACCGUGCCACAUCCCUUCACAUUCACAACCACCCUGCGCGCUACUGAACGUGCGAAAUUUGACGCCCUGAUUCGUGAAAAACAAGAGGAGAUGGCGCGGGCGAGAGAGGAAGCUCAGAAACAGGUCGAGGAAGCGCUGCAGAGAGAGGUGAAAGAGAUGAGACGGCGAGCUGUUCCGAAGGCACACGAGGUGCCAGAGUGGUAUAAGGAUAUGCCAAAGAGAGGAGCAGAGGGGAUGGGGGGAGGAUAGAGAUUGGAAGCAUAGUGUACUUGUAAUUCCCAACAUGACAUUGAUGUGCAGUUUAUUUUGAGUCCCUCUAUUAGGCCAAAAUGUAC